CCAAUCAGAAUAGUCCGAUUUCGUUUAGGGGGUUGCCAAAAUAAACCUUCCUCCAUUCCUCGAAAAUUUUUUACCGAACCCCUCGCGCACCCAACAAUAACAAUAUUGAUUAGCGGAACAGUAGACAAUGAAGGUUUUCACAGGGAACUGCUGGAAAACAAACUCGAAGCGCACAUGACACAGUGGGGGAGUGUCUACUCUCACUAAAAAUAAUUUAGGGACCUGUUAAGCAUACGAAAUCAUCAGUAGUGUAACUACAUGUUAAGUCACGGACUGACGCGAACGUGGGUAAUACAUUAUGAAUGUUCGGAGUGAAUUUCCGCGGUCUAUCCAACAUUGACAGUGCAAGCUAUUACCGUUGCCAUCAUAUUUGUGUCCCCGGGUAUUUAUCUGUCUGCAAGCGGUAAAUACUGAAAGGAUAUGUCAAGAUAGAAGCGGAUACAGUAGCUCCCUUAGUCACGCAUCAGGGGUUGAGGGAUUCGGUUGAAAAUUGGCGAGUGUGAUUGUACCGAAAAGCCGAUUAGCCGGGUCUGAGUAGUCUUGUUAGUGCGGAAUUGCGGCGUGUCGUAUUAGAAACGCUUAUGCCGCCAUUGAAUUGUUUCGCAUUAUUCGCAAUAAUGCAUCAGAAUGAACCAGUGAACCCGACCAAAUCUAUCCCGAAAUUUCAUCACACGUGAUCGUAACAAUGCCUUGGUGCUGCCUAGGUAAUCGAAGCGAUAGAGUGUCACCAGGAGAAUCGGUGGAGCAAUCAACACUUUCCUCACCGAAUCGCGAUGAUUCACAGGCCUUCGUAAAUAACCGUCAGUGUACUGACAUUCUAUUCAUAGCGAUUAAGGCCACAUUCAUCUUGAUUUUGCUGGUGCUCAUUAUCUACUGCAUGGCAUUUGGCGAUAUCUAUCGCAUAAUAAAUGGCUAUGACGACUGUGCUAAUGUAUGUGGACGUGACAAUAAGCCCGAUAAGGAUCUCUCGUGCAAGGGUUCGGAUCGCACCGAUCAGAAGUAUCUACUGGUUGAGUCCUCCGGCGUCUCAUCCGAUCUCCACCGGCAGUGUGUCAGCAGAUGCGAAGACAUCGAAGGAUACAAACCUUUACUCAACCGCUGCGUGCGCAGGGAGAAUCCCGCGGAGGAUGUCAUCACCCGCACGGGGCUGCGGAACUACUUCCAGGAGGUUUCGGAAGAUCUCGAGGCGUGCUACAUGGAAAUGCUGUGGCUUUGUGUCAUAGCGUUCGUGUUCUCACUCCUCACCUUGGUCCUGUUAAGGUUCAUACCCGGAUUGAUAGUGUGGCUCGUGCUGCUGGCGGUCGUAGUUGUCUGCACCGUGGGCACGGUCUGGUUGUGGAUCAAGUGGAAUCAUGAAACUGAAAAUAUACCCGAGUCGAUGGGUGCAGGGGCUAGAAUGAGAGUCAACAAUUACCUGUACUACGCCAUUGCGGCCACGGUUGCCACACUGCUGGUGUACUUAGUAAUUUUGGUAAUGCGGAAAAGAAUCAAACUUGUGGUGCAGCUAUUUCGGGAAGCGGGGAAGGCCAUCUCCAAUAUGCCUUUUCUACUGUUGGAGCCUAUACUGACAUUCAUAUCAAUUGCGGUGGUAAUCACGCUAUAUAUCUACUUCACCAUGUGGAUCGAGAGUUCCGGAAUGCUGAAGGUCGAAAACAAUCACAGUGCAAAAUACGUGAAAGACUCCACAAUGCUUUUCACCCGCUGGUACAAUUUACUGGCAUUUUUCUGGUUUUGUCAGUUUAUAAUCGGCUGCCAGCACAUGGUUAUCGCGGGUGCGGUGGCUUGUUGGUUUUUCACUCGCAAUAAAUCACGCCUGAAAAAUCCCAUUGCAAAAAGCUUCGGCAAUUUGCUACGCUACCAUAUGGGCACCGUUGCGUUCGGGUCUUUCAUCAUAGCACUUGUACAGUUUUUACGAGCGUCGUUGAAACUUCUGAUGUAUUCCAUUCGUGAUCGCCGGAACAAAGUGACGAGCUGCAUUUUCGAAUGCUGUCAAUGUUGCUUGAAAUGUUUCGAGAGAUUUCUACAGUACAUUACCCGGAAUGCUUAUAUCAUAACCGCCAUGCAUGGGGAUCCAUUCUGUAAGGCCGGAAAAAAUGCUUUCCGCCUGCUUACAAACAACGCGCUUCGAGUCUUCGCGAUCAACUCAGUGGGAGACUUCGUACUGAUCCUAGCCAAAGUGUUUGUAGUGGUGGCCACGUGCCUGAUUGGAAUGGAGAUAGUUCAAAAGAAAACCGGAUUACACCACCCAUACGUCCCUAUCAUCCUCGUGGGGAUAUUUGCUUACCUCGUGGCGCAUUGCUUCAUGACUGUCUACGAGAUGACGGUCGAUACAAUUUUUCUGUGCUUCUGUGAGGACUGCGAGACAAAUGAUGGCAUCGGUAGGCCCUAUUACAUGUCGCGAGGACUGAUGGAAUUCGUGCAGAACUCGAAAAAAGCACUGGCCGUGCACGAUCAUCGCACGGCCAGCACACUGCGAGGCGGUAAAGCAUGGACCGUAGAAUCUGGCUCGAGGAGAAAACUUGCUAAAACUAUUUCUGAAACGGUGGACUGAUACUAUCAACGCAAGACGAUAACAUUUUUUUCUUCUGUAUUGUGUGCGGUGUGGAAUAUUGAUUUUACUUUGUAUGUAAUAAAACAAUGGGCACAAUUUUAGAAACUUUGUUUUGACGUAGGAUUACGUCUUUCGGGAACAUAUUGGGGUACAAAUUGAAAAUCGAUAAUCGAGCACAUCGUGAAAAUUGUCCAAUUUCAAACGCUCAUUGCUCAGUCAUUUCUUGAUGGAUUGAUGAAAUUUUUACGUCAAUAGAUUUCGGCACUCCAUAACAAUUUUUUGUUUUGAGGAAAAUAAUAUAUGUCAUGAAACUAACUAUCGAACAAUUGAAAAAUCUCAGCCCCUAUCCUAACGGGAAU